UUGACCCUUGUUAACUACUGUUUUCUAAGAAUUUCAAGUGACGUGACCGUCAACUUUUAUGUUGUGCUUGUUAUACAGAAGACUGGAGAAGAAGAUUCACUGGAAAUUCAUUCGCCAGCUCAGAAGGUGUCUUCGGAGGCUGAGGUCCAGAAGCUAUUGGACAUUCCUCGUCCGCUCAGUAGCUCCGAGGAAGAUCGGCUGAAAUCGCUCCUCAAGAAGAUACCAUUCGGAGAGUUUGCUUGGAAUUGCUAUCUGGCUAAGCGUCGUCGAUACGAUGAAGUGACAGAGCUCUCUAUUCCACCCAAUGCUGGUCGCAACGAGGCUGUUUUGGAAUAUCAACAGUUGUUGCCUAUAGUGAAGAAACUUCGUCAGAAUUUACCGACAACAAAGAGAUUAUCCUGGCCGAGUCAUAUUAAAGAGGCCAUACAGAAAUUUGAGAGUGAGAACGGUUCUUCCUCACCAGCUCGAGAAAGAGACUUACCAAUAAUUGAUCGAGGAAAAACCCCUGUUCGAUUGCUGAGAAGACAAUCGAAUGCUGACGCUCGAAAGCGUACAGCCGCCACUGCUCUGCAACAGCUAUCUAUCAAUUCUCCGCAGCUUUCAAGCCUGUCUGAUAAAUCUCCACCCGCUGCUAAACGUGCCCUCAUGGACCUCAGUGAAGAUGACGUAAUUAUACCGGAGGACAUCCCGAUCAAUACGUUAAACAACAUAGCGGACAUUCUACGGACGCCCAAGGCGCGCGCUUGUGCAGCUGCACGUGCAGAAUCGCAACGGAAAUGGACAGACAAGACACCAGAAGCAGAAGUUGAACGUCCAGCUCCGAGAAGUAUUCUGAAGUCUGGGAAAACUGUUGAACGUAGUCAGCCUCGUAAUCGUCUACAGUUUAAACUUCCUCCAUCACUUCCAUCAUCUACUGAACAACACGCGAUUUCUGGGACAUCCAGUUCGGAAGUUCUCGGGAAAAUGACUCAGGUUUGCAACCAUUCC